AUGGCACCUGCCAUCGCCGACGCAGUCAGAGUCAGACAAGCACAAGCGACAGCAUCAUCACAAGACACAUCCCCGGGAGACCACAGCAUACCAAGCAGCAACGGUCUCGGCCCCAGCACCAGCACGCCGGGGAGCACAACCGCCGAAGACACGACAACAACCAACACCACCACCGUCCUCAUCGUCGUCAUCAUCCUCUGCGGCUCCGCAAUCAUGUCGGCGGCCCUCUUCUACAUCUUUGACCGCAAAAAGAACCGCCAGUUCCGCGAGGCGUGCAAGCGCGACCCGUACCUCACCCGCAAAGAGUUCACGCGGCGGCGCAAGCUAAGCGCCCUCGAGCGCCUCGAAGAGGAGGAGCUGCAGCGCAGCAUCAUGAUCCGCAAGUCGCUCGCCAGCAAGACGCCCUCGCGGUCCACCAGCCGGGGCUCCUCCAGCGAGGAAGACGAGGAGUCGUUCGACCUGGGCACGCUGCGGCGGCACGCGGCGCUGGCGAGGAUGAUGCCGGAGCCGCCGUGCGAGCACCGCGAUAUCCUCCAGCAACAACACCAGCAGCAGCAGCAGUACCAUAACCAGCACGAGCAGGCGAUGAUGGGGGGCGAGUGGGCGCCCAGCGAAGCGCGGCGGGCGCGGUCCGACUCGGAGUCCUCGUCCUCGUGCGUGUCCUCGGCGGACAGCAGCAGACGGCAGAGAGCCACUGCGACUGCUUUAAACACCGCCAAACUGCAUUCGCCGCUCUUUGUCCAACUCACCAACGACCUCCUCUGGACUCAGGCACACACCGUCAAGGACCCGUCAGGCAACCACAAGGCGGUCGUCAACAAGCGGCAAGAACUCCGGCGUAGAAGAAAGGAGCUCAGGCGUCGCCGCAAGGUUUUUGACGAAAACAACAACAUCUAUACACCCAAGAAGUACAAGCCCAAGAUGCUUCCCAGCGACAAUGAAAAUGCCGAAGGGUUUCGGGACGACCUCAAUAUGGUUGUGAUGUGUCCCGACUGCAAAGAGUACCCGCCCAACCUAGUCGAGGAGUUCUCUUCCGGAGACAUGGUCUGCGGCUCCUGCGGACUUGUUGUCGGCGAGCGCAUCAUCGACACCCGAUCCGAGUGGCGUACGUUCGCCAAUGACGACCAGGGCAACGACGAUCCGUCCCGUGUCGGUGACGCAGUCAACCCUCUCCUCAACGGCUCCCAGCUCGAGACCACCAUCGCCUUUGGUGAGGGCAGAGAUUCCAAGCAGCUCGCUCGUCUGCAGAACAAGUCCCAGAACGACAAGGCUAGCAAGUCGCUCAUGCAGGCAUACAAGGAGAUUGGCGCUUUCUGCGACAGUAUCAAUCUGGGCAAGAACGUCUCUGACGCCGCCAAGCACAUCUUCAAGCUCACCUACGACCACAACUUCAUGAAAGGCAAGCCACAAGAAGCUGUCAUCGCAGGCUGCAUCUUCAUCGCUUGCCGUCAGACCGGAGUCGGCCGUACCUUCCGAGAGAUCUUCCAGGUCACGCACGUCUCCAAGAAGGAGAUCGGAAGGGUUUUCAAGCAGCUCGAGUCGUUCCUCCAGAAGAUCAAGGAGGAGAACCCCCGCGGUGCUGGCUCCCUGUCGAACUUGGAUGGUUACAAGGCUAGUGCCUCCACCAGCGCCGAGGACCUCUGCACGCGUUUCUGCUCCAACCUCAAUUUCCGCAACGCCCAAAAGAUUGAGAACGUCUCUCGGGCGCUUGCACGCAAGACUUCGAGUGUUUCUGAGCUUGCUGGACGUUCCCCGCUGUCUGUCGCGGCCGCGUGUAUUUACAUGGCGGCUCACCUGAUGGCGGAGCCCAAAACUUCAAAGGCCAUUGCUGGCGUGGCCGGCGUCAGCGACGGAACCAUCAAGACUGCCUACAGGUUUCUUUUCAAUGCUAAAGGUAAACUCGUUGAGAAGGAAUGGGGCUAUGAUAAGAAGGCUUUCGACACCCUUCCCUCAAACUACUUCCCCGUAUUCAACCCUCAAUUGACUUCCCUGCAUAGGCUGACGGAUUCAGUCAACGAUCAAGAUGAGCAGCCUUUCGAUUGGAGUCCCGUUGCGUGUAGUUUCAAGGGCUGCGCGACUACCCGUGAGGGCGGCACGCUUCCCUCGGACAUGGCAGUCUUGGCCGGACCAUACUGCACUCAAAUACUGGGCGAUCUCGGCGCCGAAGUCAUCAAGAUCGAGCAUCCUACGAGGGGCGACGACACACGCGCCUGGGGCCCUCCGUACGCAACUUACAAGGCAGACUCUGGCAAACAGGGACCGGGUGAAUCUGCCUACUUCCUCGCCGUAAACCGCAACAAAAAGUCGCUAGGCCUCAACUUCCAACACCCAGACGGCAUCGCCAUCCUGCACCAGCUCGUCGCGAAAUGCGACAUCCUCGUCGAGAACUACCUCCCCGGCACGCUCGCCAAGUACCAGCUCGACUACGCGACGCUGCGCGCCAUCAACCCGGGGCUCAUCUACGCGUCCAUCACGGGGUACGGCCAGACGGGGCCGUACUCGGACCGCGCGGGGUACGACGUCAUGGUCGAGGCGGAGUUCGGGCUGAUGCACAUCACCGGCAGCCGCGGCGGGGAGCCGGUCAAGGUGGGUGUCGCGGUGACGGACCUGACGACGGGGCUGUACACGAGUAACAGCAUCAUGGCGGCGCUGCUGGCACGGGGGAGGACGGGACGGGGCCAGCAUAUUGAUGUGGCGCUGAGUGAUUGCCAGACGGCGACGUUGGCGAAUAUUGCGAGUAGUUGUUUGGUUAGUGGGGAGAAGGACUCGGGACGGUGGGGGACUGCGCAUCCAUCGAUCGUGCCGUACAAGUCCUUCAAGACCAAAGACGGCGACAUCCUCUUCGGCGGCGGCAACGACCGGCUCUACGGCAUCCUCUGCGCGGGCCUCGGGCGGCCCGAGUGGGCGGACGACGCAAAGUACAAGACCAACGCGCAGCGCGUGGCCAACCGCGUCGAGCUCGAGGGCAAGAUCGAGGCCGUGACGGUGACCAAGACCACGGCGGAGUGGCUGGCGGUGUUUGAGGGGCGCGGCAUGCCGUACGCGGCGGUCAACGACGUGCAGGGCACGCUGGAGCACGCACAUACCAAGGCGCGGAACAUGGUCGUCGAAAUGGAGCACGGGGCGUGCGGGCCGGUGAGGAUGGUGAACACGCCGGUGAAGUACUCGGAGAGCGAGCCGGGCGUGCGGACGGCGCCGCCGACGCUGGGGCAGCAUACGAGCGAGGUGCUGGGGGAGCAUUUGGGGUUGUCGGAGGAGAGGAUUGGGGAGUUGAAGGGGGGUGGUGUCAUUGGUUCUCGGCAGGGCUGA